AUGAAGGAACACCUCCCCAGGGCCCUCGCCCUCACCCUCCUCACCACAACCUCCACCGCACAACUCUACCCCCUUCAAUCCCCCCUCAACCACACCUGCCAACUCCAACAACCCCUCUUAUCCUGCCCAUCCCAAGAUGCCUCUAAGGUAGACUCCUGCUGCACCGAAACCUUCGGCGGCCUCCUCCUCAGCACCCAAUUCUGGAACACUCACACCGGCCUCGAAUCCUCCGGCCAGUACCUCCCCAAAGAUACCUGGACCCUGCACGGCUUAUGGCCAGACUUUUGCAACGGAAGCUACACUCAGUAUUGCGAUUUGAAUCGCCAGUACGAUCCGAUUCCCUCGCCCAACACAACGAAUGGCUUGCCGAACGGCACCGUUGUUCCCGCCUAUACGGGACCUAAUAUUGAUACCUUCCUCGAGCCCUUUGGCCGGUACGACCUCCUAGAGUACAUGUCAACGUACUGGGUCGCCUGGCAACAAGACAACGCGGGCUUCCACGCCCACGAAUUUUCUAAACACGCAACUUGCUUUUCUACCUUUAAUGUGCCGUGCUACGGUCCGCUGUACCGCCAGCACGAGGAUGUGGUGGACUUUUUCGAGACGGCGGUCAAGUAUUACAAGCGCUUUCCGACGUUUGAGUGGUUGAACGAGGCGGGCAUUACGCCGUCGAAUGGGUCGAUACGGUAUUCGUAUGAGGAGGUUGUAGAUGUGUUGGCGGAGAGGCAUGGUGGUGUUCCGUUUUUGGGGUGCAGUGGGCCCAGGUUCAACGAGACGGUUGCGGGGAGGAAUAGUACGGAUAGGGGGUUUACGGUGUUGAACGAGGUGUGGUAUUAUGAGCAUGUCUACGGUCGCCCUCAGGAAGGAAACACUAUUCCUGUUAAUGCGUCGGCGAGUUACCUGACGAAUUGUGCGAAGACAAAGGGCGCGAUUCUCUACCCGGAGCGAACGAAUGGAUCGGAAAAGGUUCCUGCGGUUCCGUACUAA